AUGGCUUUCACCUUUGAUCCCCCCUGGGCGCUUGGUCCUAUGCGAGUCAAGUCCCAAGCUACUCAAUCAGGGGAUUCCUCCGACAGCUGGCAAAAUAUAGGUGCCGCCUAUGCUCGUUACUUAACAAAUGACUCUAUUGGUGCAGAUGCCUCUUGUAGUUGGCCUGACCUCCAACAAUAUGCAAAGAGGAUGUUGAGGACCCUCACACGGUCCAAGAAGGAGGCGGUGCCUGGUGAUGCUGAGGGUAAAUGCCUCAAGGUUCCCUUGAGGAAGAAGCAGGAUGAGGAGAAGCUUAUCAAGCAGCUUACUGCGGCUGUGGAGACAGAAAAUAAGAAGGCAAUUGACUUUGAGCUGCAAGUGAAGAACCCCCAGCCCGAUGUCAAGGCUCUAGGGGAUGCUGACAAGAAGAACACCCAGCUUAGGGCAAACGGUGCAUUGGCUUUAUCUGCCCUUGGACGGUUGUUUGCUUGGGUCUACUUUGCAGAUGCCCCUCAAGAGCCAGACCUGGUUCAGAUGGCCAAGUCCAUGUUGAAGGCCAUCCCUGUUGAGGACAGGAAGUCUGUUAAGGGAGUCGGCACCCUUAACCUUGAAGCCAUCUUAGCUCUCCUUGCCGAGUCUAUGCUGCGAGCGUAUGGUCUCCGCAAACCCAUCUCCGAAAAGAACAAAGAGGUAAAAGCUGUGAAGGCCAUGGCCGGCUCUGAUUCUGAUAAAGCUAUGUUCCAGAUAGCUCAAAACAAGAUUCUGACCAUUGAUAUACUGUAUUACUGGGCGUCCGCCACUUUGCAGGUCAAGAAGGACAUAGAGGCGGCCAGGAAGAAGAUCUUGGAGCUAGAGAAGUCUGUAAAGGACCUCAAAGUUGAGAUGACGCCUCUCAAGGAGGCGGACAAGGAAGCCGAGGGACUCCGCGCCCUGGUAAAUAAACUCAAGGGCCGCCUGCAGAAUCAAGAGGCUGACCUCAUCCAAAAGCUUAAUGAGAAAGCUGGCGAGGAGAAGAUGGCCAUUGUUCAGGACAUGAUGGACGAAUGCAGCACCAUUAUGAAGAUGAUCUGGGCGGCCCUCUUCCCAAACUCCAGCUAUGAAAAAUACGAGAGCCAAUUCGUCGCCUGUACUGAUCAAUACAACAGGAAGAUCAUGGAGCAGGCAGACGACGAGGAGGAUGCGGAGGAUGAGGCGUCUGACUCCACUUUCGGGGAGUCAGACCAGGAAGGGGAUGACAAGGAGGAGGAGGAGGAGGCGGAUGCCGAAGAAGAGCCACCGUAG